GCCCAUGAUGAAGACAGAGCCUGAGAGUGAGACACCUGGGCUCUUAGUAUGUGAUGAUUUUACAGAGAAGAUUAAUAAUCUGGACACAAACAAUAUUACACAAGGUUGUAGUGAACUGGGAAGUGUCUCUGUACUAGAGCACAAAGAAGAACUGGGUGAGUUUAAUCUUACAGAGCAUGACACGGAGCCCCAGUUGAUUGACCAUGCAGAGCAGCAGACUGAUGUAUCUGGUGAAGAGAAGAGUACUGAGUUACAGCAGCACAAUCAGAGGAAGAGGAAGAAUCAGUCAAGGUCUUGCUCAGAUGGAGUGGACAAACUACCAUUAUGGCACAGGGGGGAGCAGCCUUACUGUCAGUCUAGUAUUUCACAACCCUACCAGCACCUUCACACAGGAGAGAGAUCUUUCGGCUGCAGUCAGUGUGGUAAGAAUUUUAAUAGGUCAGGUGACUUAAAAAGACACCAGCGCAUUCACACAGGAGAGAGACCAUUCAGCUGCAGUCAGUGUGGGAAGAACUUUAGUCAGAUAAGCCACUUACAAUCACACCAGCACAUUCACACAGGCGAGAGACCGUUCGUCUGCGGUCAGUGUGGGAAGAGUUUCAGUCAGUCACGUAGCUUAAUAAUCCACCAGCGCAUUCACACAGGAGAGAGACCAUUCAGCUGCAGUCAGUGUGGGAAGAGUUAUAGUCAGAUGCGCCAUUUACAAUUACACCAGCACAGACACACAGGAGAGAGACCGUUCGUCUGCGGUCAGUGUGGGAAGAGUUUUAGUCGGUCAUGUACCUUAAUAACCCACCAGCGCAUUCACACAGGAGAGAGACCAUUCAGCUGCAGUCAGUGUGGGAAGAAUUUUAGUCAGAUAAGCCACUUACAAUCACACCAGCGCACUCACACAGGAGAGAGACCGUUCAUCUGCGGUCAGUGUGGGAAGAGUUUUAGUCAUUCAAGUACCUUACUAACCCACCAGCGCAUUCACACAGGAGAGAGACCAUUCAGCUGCAGUCAGUGUGAGAAGAGUUUUAGUCAUUCAGGUACCUUAAGAGCCCACCAGCAUAUUCAUGCAGGAGAUAAUUCAGCUGCAGUCAGUGUGGAAAGAGUUUUAUCCAGUCAGGUGACUUAAAAUGUCUUUUAGUUCAAGUUGGUAGAUGCGUCAGCAUGUGACAUCCAAAGAAGGCUCCACAGCCAAAAUGUUUCUUUUCUUCUCUUUUCAGCAUGGAAUAAACCUUUACUUGUUCCUAAGAUGUCUUUUAGCCAUAGUCACUUUGUAAUCACCCACUGUUGAGUUUGUCUAGUCAACUAAAUUUUGACUGUAUUCUUCCUUAUGGUUGACUAAAACAGAAAUAGUUCUUGUCACACAGUUAAAUUUAUCUGUAUACUAAAAUAUAUAAUGCUUUUUGCUUUUAGUUUUAAUCAAUUUUAAAAUGAAUUAGGUCUAAAUUGAAUUAAUGUUUUAUUCCUUUAUAGUCUUGGGAUGUUAAGUUUAAUCCUGUUUAAUUUACAGUUAAGACUGUCUGAGUUAUAUGAGUUACUGUUCUCGUUGAAUAGGCUUGUAAUUGUGUAACAGCUUUUAACUUACCAUGUUAAGCAAGAAAUGUGUAUAAAACAGAUAAGGAUUCUUAACUGUCACAGGAAAAAUAAAAGUCACACAUCUGAUUAAAUUCUACAAAAAAGCUCAAAGUACGUGCGAAAAGAAUACGAUAUUGUAUGAAUCUCUUUUAAGUAGAAAAUCUAUUUUGGCACCAUUACUAAUAAUUCCAUAUCUUUCUUUUUUUUUUCAAUGCAACUAUUUUUUUAAACGAGACAGGACAGCAAUAUAUACUGUGCCUUCAGAACGUAUUCACACCCCAUUGUUUAUUUCUCAUUCUGCUGUGCUGCAAAGUCAAAUUA